AGAAAGUUGGGUUAAGUUACUGUCGUGUGUGCUUGUUUCAAGUUAUAUAAUGGAGUUAAGUUACCUGGAUGAUAAGUUCCUGUAAGGGCCCUAAAUAAGGCCCUUUCCAAGCCCUUUGCAGCACUAUUUAAUCUAUAAAAUUAUAUCAGAAAAAUCACUACGUAACAAGGCUGUGCCCAUGUGAUCGCAGUGUGACGCUCAAGUGAAAGAAAAAAACGCGAAUUUUUCAGUAUUACUAGAUCCAAAGAGAAAAACCAACUUAAGUUUAGAAGUGAAAAAUUAGAAAAUUACAGUAGUAAAGUGGAAAGAUUUUUUUUGUCUACCUCAUCAAGUCACAGGUAAAACGACAUCAUCGACAUACUAGUCAGUAGACAACGCGCUACCAAGAAGGACAGAAGUACUAUAGACACAAGUACCCGUCGUCGACGAAAUAAAGGAAAAAUCGCAAUCAAUAGUGAGAGAUAGAGAGAAGGGGGUCCCCCCUGAGACACACAGCACCACCGCGACCAGCGAACGGGUGCUUUCUAAAGAAGUUUGGGCGGGCUGCGUGCCAAGAGUCAGUCGGUGCCAAGAUGGGUUCUAGAUCGAUUUUGAACGUGCGGCUUCAGGAAAAGCUCGGCGCCUGGCUGUUUUUCGGCGCGCCCGGUAUACGUGGAAAGUCGGUGUCGUGCGUCGCGGGGCCGGCGCAGCAACCCCCCACCCUGCCCGCGGGCGCUAGGGGCGGAUUUGGACAGAUUAUACCGAACCUAGGGAACGGCCAACGACAGUCUUCUAACGAACCCACCCAAAGUACAGACCUACACAGACCGAAUUCCAUUAGUUUGCACCCGUGUAUUCGUCCGGAACACAAUUUGACAGCGCUGUCAUGUCACCGCGGCACUCAAAUGAGGAACUAUGCAACCAUGAACACGCAACAACCGGGACCAAUGCCAGAGUACCAAGUCGAUCCGUACCGAUUGCUGGAGGAUGAUCUUAAAGAUGUUUAUACGUAUGUUCGAAAUGCAUUAAGGAGAAACACAUACCAAGAAGACCUCUACGAAAUAGCGACAUACUAUUUCGAUGGAAACGGCAAAGCUAUUAGGCCUAUGGUAGCUAUUCUGAUGGCUAGGGCAGUUAACUAUCACAUGUACAAAGAAAAGAGUGGUCUCCUUUCCUCACAACGCGAAGUAGCUAUGAUUUCGGAAAUGAUUCACACAGCCUCAUUGGUACACGAUGACGUCAUCGACCAAUCGGAUUUCAGAAGGGGGAAACCUAGCGUCAACGUAAUGUGGAACCAUAAAAAGGUAACCAUGGCGGGAGACUUCAUCUUGGCCGUCGCUUCCAUGAUGAUAGCUAGGUUAAAAAACAACGAUGUUACUUUAGUUCUUAGUCAGGUAGUCAGUGACCUCGUGCAAGGCGAAUUCAUGCAGCUCGGUUCGAAGGAAACGGAAAACGAAAGAUUUGCUCAUUAUUUAACGAAGACUUACAGGAAAACUGCCAGUUUAAUAGCCAAUUCAGUCAAAUCGGUGUCGAUAUUAGCGGGAGCCGAUGAACAAUUAUCGGACUUGGCCUACCAAUAUGGCCGCAACAUGGGCCUAGCUUUCCAAUUGGUUGACGAUUUGUUGGACUUUGUUUCCUCAUCAGCAGCGAUGGGCAAACCCACUGCUGCAGAUCUUAAAUUGGGUCUAGCCACAGCACCAGUACUGUUUGCAUGUGAAAAGUACCCCGAACUCAAUCCAAUGAUCAUGCGUCGGUUCCAAGAACCCGGUGACGUGGAGAAAGCCUUCGAACUGGUGCACAAAAGCCAAGGCCUGGAACAAACCCAAUUUCUGGCCAAGCAACACUGUUCCGAGGCCAUCAGGAUAGCCAACCUGUUCAAGGAAAGUCCCUACCAAAAAGGGUUGGUAGUAGCCGCAGAUUAUGUCCUAAAUCGAAUGAAAUAGCGAAUUGUGUUGUUUAUUCUUCCUUGUUUUGUAUAGUUUGUUAUUUCUGUCUGUCCAGUGCUUUGGUACUAUAGUAGUUAGGUUCUACUGCUAGCCAAAGACAAUGAGGUUUGCAAAAUGGAUACAUAAGAUAAGAUAGGCGACUAUUCCGAAGAGAAUUUAGAUGAGUUACCUGAAAAAGGGAAUAGUGAUAUAAUUUAGUUACCAUUUGCCUUAAAUUGUU